AAAAUGGCACCCAAUAUUUCUAAAACUGAAGAAAUUCCUCCUGAAGAACAACUUGAUCUCGUAAAAUUAGCUCGCGAAGUUGGAGCAAAAUAUGUUGUGUUCCCUGAUGUGAAGUAUCCUCCACUUGAACCAUUUGAACAUAAGGACCCUGGACAUUUGGCUGAUCCCAAAAAAUCAUCUCUCUUUGAUAGCGCUACAAAUGUUUAUGAUGUAACUCCUCACGUCGGUACCACUAUUGAAGGACUUCAAUUAUCCACUUUGACUGAUCAACAAAAGAAUGACUUGGCUUUACUUGCUGCUGAACGUGGUGUUGUUUUCUUCAAAGAUCAAGAUAUUACUCCUUAUCAAGCUGUUGAUUUUGGUCGACAUUUUGGUCCUCUUCAUCUUCACAAUAGUAAUGGUCAUCCUCCUGGUCUUCCCGAAUUAGUCAUUGUCAUGAAAGAUGAAAACAGUCCUUUGGUUCGUACCAGUGUUGCAAAUUCUUGGGCAUCCGAUGGUAUCCAUACUGAUAUUAGUUAUGAAAAACAACCUGCUGGUAUAUCUAUUCUGAAAGUGGAUCUUCCUCCUCGAACUGGAGGUGAUACUAUAUGGUGGUCUGGUUAUGCAGCUUAUGAUCGUCUAUCACCUGUUAUGCAAAAGUUCCUCGAAGGAUUAUCAGCUGUACAUACUGGAGAUUAUCACAAAAACUUGGCGGAACGAUCAGGUCGACCCAUUCGUAGAGAAUUCCCUCCUGACACUGUUCAUCCUGUUAUCCGUACUCAUCCUGUCACUGGUUGGAAGGCUCUCUUUGUUCAACCUGGUUUCACAAAAUCUAUUGUUGGUAUGACAAAACAUGAAUCUGACGCCAUUUUGAAAUUCCUUUUUGAUCAUGUUGCUGGUGGUUAUGAUUUCUCUGUUCGAUUCAAGUGGGAAGCUGGAAGCGUGGCUGUCUGGGAUAACCGAUGUACGUUUCAUUGUGCUAUCAUUGACCACCUUGAUGAGGGCAGAAGACAUGGCUAUCGUGUUACUCCUAUGGCCGAAGUUCCCUUUUUUGAUCCCAAAUCGAAAUCCAAGAAACAAGCUGAACAAGAGACACGCGAAAAGGCAUCCUCCAAUGGACCUUAG